AUCCAUGCGUCCGUGACCGUGGCGUGGCCAGGCGUUAUACGACACCCAAAACGAAGAGGUUGCUGCUGGAUAUUGGCACUUGAGAAGCGGAAGGAGCGCGGCUACAGUGAGCACUCACAGUUGGGGUACCGCAGUACCGAUUGCUGUCUCUGACGUCACUUGCCACCCCACCCACAGCCACGCCAAAACAGCAGCAAGCAGACAGACAGACAGGGAGGCAGGGGAGUUGGGGGAUUUGCCGCCUGGUCAGCUGCCGCUGCCGCAUUUGCGAUAAGCUCGACCAAGUGCAGCCGCAGCUGCAGCGAAGCCCGAUAAACGACUCGCGAGAAGCAGAGAGCAACGACAGCGAUGCAGACGACAAACAAUGGCAGACCAAUGCUUGUGGCAGUGCCAGUGCCAGUGCCAGUGACGCCUGGAACACCAGACUCGGCGCACAUCAUAAUCGGCGCCGCUGGCUUUGCAGCCCACGAGAGACGACAGCCCCGUGAGAAGACUUUGAUGAAUUGCUUUCGCGACCGCUCCACAUCGUCAACGGGCGGUGGACCGCCGCCAGCUUACUAUAUGCGCGGACACAGCACCAACUCGGCGACGCUGCUGCGCCUGGAGAGCAGCGCGGGUGGAGGUGGAGGCUCGGGCAACGCCCUGGAUCAGGCGGGCAUCGAGACCGGACGACCGGAGGCCGUUCGCUGGGUGCGUGAGCUAAAGUCGAAGCCCAACAAGCUGGCGCUGCUCAAGAGCAGCAGCACGAGAGACUUGACGCGGCUGCUGCUCGAGGAUGCCAACGGCAGCACGAGCACGGCGGUGCUGGUGUCCAACACCAGCCUGGAUGUGUGCUCCUCCAACUCCAGUUCGGCCAGCAGUCCCCUGGCCAGCGGCAGGGCCAAAGCGCGGGCCAGGGAUCGGGACCGGGACCGGGAUCGAGAUCGGGAGUGCUGCAGCAGCUGCUCCAAGCGCUGGCACGAGCUCAAGCAGCGCAUGCACACGAUGGAGCAGGAUCUGCUGGCACAGGCCAGCUACAGCCAGGAGCUAGAGGCCAAGCUGCUGGAGCUGACCCGCCAGCUGGGCGAACUGAUGCAGGACAAGGACAAGGACAGGGACAGGGACAGAGAGAAGCAACGCGGUGUAGCAGGUGGUGGGGCGGGCAAGAGCAAUGUGAGGCCCUCGCGCCUGGUGGCCUGGAUGAAUCUGUCCAAUUGGUGGAAGAGCCGGCCCAGCGUGGAGACGCUGCGCGAGCAGCGCAUCUUCUUCGACGAGCCCUGCUUCGACACGGAACUGGAGCUGGUGCUGAAGCACGAUCAGCAGCGCACUGUGCCCCGCAUCGUGGUCGAUUGCUGUGACCUCAUCGAGCACAAGUAUCGCCGCUCGACGCAGCCCAUCGAGGGGAUUUACCGGCAGUGCGGUGACUACAACAAGAUCCAGACGCUGCGCUUCAGCAUCGAUGCGAAUGACUAUGAGGCCCUGCGGCAGCCGGAUGUCGACAUACACACACUCACGGGUGUCCUAAAGCUCUUUCUGCGCGAGAUCAAAUCGCCGCUGGUCAGUGUGAACGAGGCCAAGACCUUCAUUGGCACACCCCAUCAAUGGUUGCUCACCGAACUGGCCCUCAAGCUGGAUACGUUGAAAAGACUGAUACGCUCGCUGCCGGAGAGCAAUCGGGACACCAUGGACUACAUUUUUGGCCACUUCAAUCGGCUUACCAAGGUGCCGCUGCAGCAGAUCAGCGCCGAGACGCUGUCCAUUUCGGUGACGCCCUCCAUAUUCCAUACGGUGCCGCAGGGCGUGCACAUGCAGGACAUACAGCAGCUGCUACGCGAGGGCGAAACGCUGGCCGAUUGUGUCAAGCUGAUGAUUGAGUAUCAUUCGCGAAUAUUCGAGUAAGUGAUGGCCAGUGGGCCCCCCUCCCGAUACGGUGUUGGUACCAGCCGCAACUCCCGCACAACGCUCAAAACGCAUCCCCCCCGUCCGCCUACGCCACCUGCUUGAAUCCACUUGAAUGUCUCUCCUUUGUUUCGUGUCGAAAUUAAUGCUAAUCGAAAACAAAUCCAAAUCCGAAUUCUCCUAAACCUGAACCUGAACCUGAAACCUACUGUACCUGCUGUACUGCUCGCUCCUUGAUCCUCCCUUCCUCAAACCCAAACCAACAACCUACAAUCUACAGAUGCACCGCCGAUCGACGCCUGCAUCGCCUGAGUGUGCGAAACUUAAAGAAGACGCUAUCACAACCGGAUUUACUAUUCCAUAAUAUAUUCUGAUGGGCACAACCCACGCAAAACGCAACACAGAGAGAGCGAC